AUGCCACCGCGAACGCCACAACAAUAUCGAGAUACUGAAAGGCAAGCACCCCCACCAAGGACACCACCUGCAACACUCCAACAUCAGCAUCCAAGGACGGGGGGGAAGACGCCACGGUCGGCAUUUAAAAGACCAUCAGAGACUGUGGAAACUUGUUUAUCUUGCAAACGUCUGCAACUAGAAAAUGAAGAGCUACGUCUAAAAAUAGAAGAGCUCAUUGAAAAUAAAGUAGCUGAGCAACCAAGGCCAGGAAAGGUCAACAGCCUGUUGGCUGAUCGAUUUCAGGCAUCGAGGAGAAAAACUGCAUCGUCAUGUGCAGCUUAUCUCCUUAAUGUUUUCUACACCACCACUGAGUUGGUUGGUAGAAACCUGACAGGUGCCAAUGGCAAAAUUGCCAUUGACAAGGAAAUACUAGAGAGUAUAAUUAAUUUUACUAUGGCAUAUCACAAAGAUAGUACAGAAUCCAUAAUUAGGGUAGGCCUUAGGAAUAAACUGUCGGCAAUACAGUCAAGAUCAGCAAGGAAUAACAUACAAUAA